GGCCCGGCUCCUCCUCCCUCGCGUGGGAUCCCUUGCCUUACAAGGCCACAGCCAGGCGGGUCCCUCCCUCCUUCCUUCCCUCCGGAGGAGAAGUGGAGCCAGAUCUAGAAGCAGCAGCGGGAGGAGAAGAAGGAGGAGGAGGCGAGGCGAAGAGAAGAGCAGAGGAGGCUGGAGGCGGGCAGGCAAAUCAAUCCUCUCCGUCGCAGGGAAGGGAAAGGAAGAGAAGAGGCUGGCUUUUUUCCCCACGCAGCCAGAGCGUGGAAAUGCCCCAAGCAGGUAGCCAAAAACAGCAUCUGCAGCCAGGGAGGCACUGAACGGAAAUCACAGUGAUUCACUCUCCAGCUGUGGGUUCCUCUGAAGGCAUCCCCACCAAGGAAUUCCUCAUGCCAGCCCCACCCUCCAUGUUGGGAACCAGGUGAUGAAGAUGGAUGUACUGCGCCGCUCCUCUGUCUUUGCUGCGGAGGUGAUGGAAGUAUUCGACCGGACGCCCACCGACAAGGAGCUUGUGUCUCAGGCCAAGGUGCUUUGCAGAGACUUCAUCCACUCCCGGCUUAUGCGGGCUGGCAUUGGCUGGAACAAGCCCGAACACAGUGUGCCUGUUCCCGGGGGCAAGUUAGCGGAGGUAUCAAACAUACUUCUCAGAUUAGGUGAUGAGCUGGAGUACAUUCGGCCCAACCUUUACCGGAACGUAGCGCGACAGCUGAACAUUUCUCUGCACUCUGAAACAGUGGUGACAGAUGCAUUCCUGGCCGUGGCAACACAGAUCUUUUCUUCAGGCAUAACAUGGGGCAAGAUUGUGUCUCUGUAUGCUGUGGCAGCUGGCCUUGCUGUGGACUGUGUGAGACAUGCUCAGCCAGCCAUGGUCCAUACCAUUGUGGAUUGCUUGGGAGAGUUUGUACGCAAGACCUUGGUGACCUGGAUGAAGAGGAGAGGAGGCUGGACUGACAUAACAAAAUGUGUGGUGAAUACUGAUCCCAACCUCCGCUCCCAUUGGCUUGUGGCUGCCAUUUGUAGCUUUGGCCACUUCCUGAAGGCCAUCUUCUUUGUGCUGUUACCAGAAAGAUGAAAUUCAUUUGCCCAUGGAAGCCCCAGUCUUCUUCUUCUCAAAGGCAUAGCUGGAAAAGAAAAAGGGAAGAAAUUCAAUGAGGAAGAGAGCUGGACAAACUUCCAUUCUUCUGGCCUUCCCAAGCUCUUCAUCCAUGGUGGAAUAAAUAUUUCUUCACUCACUUCUUGCAGAAAUCACCCGUUGCACUUUCAAAGUUGCUUAGGAUUAUGUUCAGUGGUUUGGGAGAAUGAUGGGUUUGCAGCGGUUAUUUAUUUUCUUUUGUUCAAAUUGUGCUCUAUUUUUUGUAGAAAAGGGAAAAAAAUCAUAGUUGGUGCUCCUGUCAAGAAGAAAACUGUGCUGUUUGUUCCUAAUGUAUCAGCUGUUCCUAUAUUUGUCACUUAGAUCUCUCCAGCUUUCCUUGAUCUCCCGUUAAAGCUGUGAAUUGGAGGACUUCUUCAAAAGCAUGACAUUCUUCAUGGUUUGUCUUACGUUAUAGAAUCAUUCCAGUUGUGGUACUCUUUACUUAAAGGGGAGCCAGGCAGAGAAUGGGUAGCUUGGACAGCAGAAUGACCAACUAGAUGCUAUCAUUUGGUUACAUAGGGCAUCAAGGACAGAAUACCAGGAGUCAAUUAAAAAAUAAACAACUCUGCUUUUUCCUUAGUGCAAUGAAAGAAUGCAAAUGGCAGCACAUUUUAAAAUAUAUUAACAAGAGAUCGAACUGGAGCACAAGAAAGUGAAUGGGGGAUGCAGGAGAUCCCAUCAGCAAAACAUCCAGUAAAGAUAGGUCUGUGAAUUGUAUCCACUGCAGUGCAUUUAGCAUGUGCAAUGUGUGACUUUUAUUUCUGUUGUGAUAAAUAAUAAAUAUUGAAUAUUUUAUUUUGUGAACCUGGAGCUGUUUCUAAAGUCUUAAAAUAGCCCAAAAUGACAAAGAAUGCUUAGUAGUUGCAA